AUGGAUAGUUAUCCCCAAGAAUUUAUUUACCAUCAUGUUCCUUUGAUGUUUGUUAUGGGUUUAGGUACUAUGAAAGAUUUAACUGAACAAGUUACUAUAACUUCACCAACUUCACCUGUUAGUCCAAAGUCAGUUCAUUCAAGACAAAGCUCUUUUAGUAGUACAACUUCCGUUUUGACGAAACAUCAAUUAUCAAAAACAUUGUUAAGUUUAUUAACAGCAAAAAGUCAAAAUGGUAUUUGGGAAUCGGGAAAAAUUGCUAAUCCAAUUUUUCAUGUAAUGGCAGUUGAUAAGUCAUAUCAAUUUCCACCUCGUAAACCAAUGGUUCGUCCUCAACAAAUUCCACCUAUUUCCAAUCCCCAUUCAUCUCUUUCUCCUCUUAAUCCAAAUUCUCCGGUUUACCCUGAUGGAUUAAUUCCACCAGCUUGGGUUCAUAAACAUCGUGAAAUAUUACCAAGUGUUUUUGUUGGAUUUUAUGAUUUAUGGCAUAAAUCUUUAGACAUUAAAUUAGAUGUUGAAUCAGAUAAUUUAUUAAAUGAAAAAGAUGAUUCAUCUUCAAUAUUACAAGAACCAUUAGGUACAUCUGAACCAAUUGAAAAAGAAAAGGAUUUAAAUUUAGGUUUGGAAAUAAAUGAAAAAAGAAAAUCUUUAUAUGAGAGAGGAAUUAAGUUUGCUGUUGUCAUACUUCUUAGAUCACAACAUUUAGAUGAACAAAUAACUGACGAUCGAUUAUCUUAUAUUCGAAAAGCAAGUGGUCUUGAAGGAAAAAGUUGUUUCUUUGCAUUGUCACCACAUGCUGAUCUGUCUGAUUUUGCUUCAAAUCUUCAAAAAGCACUUUACGAACAUGGAUUAAAUUAUUAUCGAGAACAUGGGAAACGUGUUAGAAGAAAACGAUCAAGAUUUAAUAAUCCAGGAGUGAAUUAUAUUCGUCCACCAAUUGAUCAUUCAGAUAAUGCUCCACUUGGGGUACAAGGCUGGUUGGCUCGUUAUGAUUAUAAAUUGGCAACUUUUGCUGAAUUUCGAUUACAAACGCGUAGUAAAAGAUGGAUUGAAGCAAGAAUAUUAGCCGAUUGUAUAAAUUUAAAAAUAUGUAAAAUGAAUUUAUAUAUCGAUUCACCAUCAGCUGCAAUGAUGCAAUUAAAUAAACAUUUCAACACUUUUAAUAAAUUAUGCAAUACAGUGGGAAUUGGCGAGAGUACAUUUGAAUAUUGGGCUUGGUUAUCAAGACAAUAUCGUGUCUUUGGUGAAAUGUUAGAAAUUGCCACAAGAUCAGGAUAUAACAUACCAGAUCCUUUAACCAUAACUCAUUCGACUUCAUCUGAUUAUCGAUCAAGUAGUUCAUUUGCUAAUACUGGAGUUAAUCCUUCUUUGGUUCUUCAACAUCCUGGAUUUUAUUAUCAUUUGGCUGCUAAAUAUAAUUCAAUCAGAGGUGAUAAAUUUUUGGAAAUGGAAAAGACUUUAAAGAAUUAUGAUAAAAAUUGGCAUACUAUCCUUGAAUCAAUUUUACGUUGGUCAUUAAAAUGUGCUAAAGAAUCAUCCAUUCAUAAGAAUAUUAUGGAUUAUUAUAUUGAACUUUUAUGUGACCAAUUUCAAAUGAGCGAAGAAAUGCGAGUAAAUCUUCAAAAUGAAUUCAUAAAUAUGAUGAAUAAUAAUGAAAUAACUAAUUCACUUCAUGUUGUUGAUAUGAACGACAUAAAUUCAUUUUUAAAUUGUUAUGUACAUUAUAAAGAACCCGAAACCUUUGUUGGUACAUCAACCGACUUUCAGGUUACAUUUUCAUCCCCUCCUACUACACCUCCAAUUCCUUUAAGAUUUUCAUUUCUUCGUUUUUCUUUUAAUGAUGAAUACUUUAAUCAUUAUUUGAUUGAUAAUGAACAAGAAAUAUUGUCUGCUUAUGACAAAUUACAAUUAAUAGAUUGUAAAGAUUGUCAAAGGGAAGAAAGAGAAGGUGAAGGAUAUGUUUGGGUAAAAAAUGUUGAUUUAACAAUAUCAAAAAAUUCCACAAAAGUUUUUGAAGGUUCAGUUAUACCUCGAGAAAGUGGAGAAUUGCAGCUUCGUUUUGAUGUUAAUUCUCAUCGGGAAGAAAAUUUAAAACGUAAAUGGCUUACAUUAACAAAUAAUAAAGAGCAAGAUCAACAAGGUAUAAAUCAAAAAGUUCCUCAUGCCAAACUUGAUAUAAAGGUUAAAUAUCAGGCUCCAGCACUUCUUGAUGAAUAUUUUCCUAUUGAAUUAACAAUGGUUAAUUUAGAAUCUGAUGAUAUUAAAGCCCUGUUUCAUGCUGAAAUAGUUUUAGACCCCAGUCAUAACGGAACCAAUCAUUUAAAAAACAUAGAUUUUGGAAUAAUUCCUACAAAUGGUUCAUUGGUGAAAACAAUUUUUGUGAUAGGAAAGAAAAGUACAAACAUUAGAGAUCUUAAUUUUGGGAUUUAUUAUGCAUUUGUUUCAUCCUUACCUCAAUCCUUACCACCAUCACAAGGUUGGAUUGAAAAAAGAAUGGAAAUUAGAUUAUCAUUUAUUACACCUUUUUCCAUUAAUUUUAAUAUUUCACCUCAAGGGGAAAGAUUUGUGCAAACUAAAAAAUUACAAAAAUCACAUCAUCGAAAGAUAGAAAAAUAUCUUUUGAAAGCAAGGAUAUCAAAUACUUGUCCAUGGGAUAUUAAUGUAUCUGCAAUUGAUUUAGUUUUGUUUGAUCAAGCCAAUGCUCAAACUAAAAUGGAUAUUAUUGCAUCUUCCACUGAAACAAUUAAUGAAUCUCUUGAACAAGUGUGGAAACCAGGACAUAUUUAUAAUUUCAUUUGCCUGUUAAAGUUGGUAAUUAUUGAUGAUAAAUUACUGGAUCAAAAUAUAGAUAUUGGAUUACUUGAUAUUCAAUGGAAAAGGUAA